UCAGCGGGGGUGACGGUGAUGUAACAGGUGUGGAGUGCCAGCCACGUGCUGGACGCCAAGCAAAACAGCCAGGGUGAGUGUAUGCAUCAUCCGUGUCUGGGGAGGAAGGCCACCAAAAGAAGUGAGUCUGGUGGAGAGACUUGAAGGAGGGAAGGGAGGCACCUUGCUGGCUGGGGGCGGGGAAGACAGAAUAAAAGUCUGCUGAGCUAGGAUUAGAGAGAGAAGGCCCAGGCCAGCGCUGGGAAGAGACGCCCCUCGUCCUUCCUACUCUACUUCUCCCAAAGCUUGUAAAUGCCCCAGGCAUGAGCCAGCCCAGGCCCCGCUACGUGGUAGACAGAGCUACCUACUCCCUCACCCUCUUCGAUGAUGAGUUCGAGAAAAAGGAUCGGACGUACCCACUGGGAGAAAAACUUCGCAACGCCUUCAGAUGUUCCUCGGCCAAGUUCAAAGCCACCGUGUUCAGGCUGCUCCCCGUACUCUCUUGGCUCCCCAAGUACAAGAUCAAAAAUUACAUCAUCCCUGACCUUCUUGGCGGCAUCAGUGGUGGAUCCAUCCAAGUCCCACAAGGCAUGGCAUUUGCUCUGCUGGCCAACCUUCCUGCAGUCAACGGCCUCUACUCCUCCUUCUUCCCCCUCCUGACCUACUUCUUCCUGGGGGGUAUCCAUCAGAUGGUGCCAGGUACAUUUGCCGUUAUCAGCAUCCUGGUGGGUAACAUCUGUCUGCAGCUGGCCCCAGAGUCGAAAUUCCGGGUCUUCAACAAUGUCACCAAUGAGAGUCACGUGGACACAGUGGCCAUGGAGGCCGAGAGGCUGCACGUGUCGGCAACGCUAGCCUGCCUGACUGCCAUCAUCCAGAUGGGCCUGGGCUUCGUGCAGUUCGGUUUCGUGGCCAUCUACCUCUCUGAGUCCUUCAUCCGGGGCUUCAUGACAGCCGCUGGUCUGCAGAUCCUGAUCUCCGUGCUCAAGUACAUCUUUGGACUGACCAUCCCCUCCUACACAGGCCCAGGGUCCAUCGUCUUUACCUUCAUUGACAUUUGCAAAAACCUCCCCCACACCAACAUCGCCUCGCUGCUCUUUGCCCUCAUCAGCAGCGUGUUCCUGGUGCUGGUGAAGGAGCUCAACACCCGCUUCAUGCACAAGAUCCGCUUCCCCAUCCCUACAGAAAUGAUCGUGGUAGUGGUGGCAACAGCUAUCUCUGGGGGCUGCAAGAUGCCCAAAAAGUAUCACAUGCAGAUCGUGGGAGAGAUCCAACGAGGGUUCCCCACUCCCGUGUUGCCUGUGGUUUCACAGUGGAAGGAUAUGAUUGGCACAGCCUUCUCCCUGGCCAUCGUGGGCUAUGUCAUCAACUUGGCUGUGGGCCGGACACUGGCCAGCAAGCACGGCUAUGACGUGGAUUCCAACCAGUCCCAGCUUCCAAUCCUGUGCCUGCAGGAGAUGAUCGCCCUGGGCUGCAGCAACUUCUUCGGCUCCUUCUUUAAAAUCCAUGUCAUUUGCUGUGCUCUCUCUGUCACUCUGGCUGUGGAUGGAGCUGGAGGAAAAUCCCAGAUGUCAAGCCUGUGCGUCUCCCUGGUGGUGAUGAUCACGAUGUUGGUCCUGGGGUCCUAUCUCUACCCUCUCCCCAAGUCUGUGCUAGGAGCCCUGAUUGCUGUCAACCUCAAGAACUCCCUCAAGCAACUCGCCGACCCCUACUACUUGUGGAGGAAGAGCAAGCUGGACUGUUGCGUCUGGGUGGUGAGCUUCCUCUCUGCCUUCUUCCUGAGCCUGCCGUAUGGUGUGGCCGUGGGUGUCGCCUUCUCCAUCCUGGUUGUGAUCUUCCAGACCCAAUUUCGAAAUGGUUAUACUUUGGCCCAAGUCAUGGACACUGACAUUUAUGUGAAUCCCAAGACCUAUAAUAGGGCCCAGGAAAUCCAAGGGAUAAAGAUCAUCACUUACUGCUCACCUCUCUACUUUGCCAACUCAGAAAUCUUCAGGCAAAAGGUCACUGCCAAGACAGGUGUGGACCCCCAGAAAGUAUUGCUGGCCAAGCAAAAAUACCUCAAGAGGCAAGAGAAGGGGAGAACGGUGCCCAGGCCACAGAGGAAGUCCCUAUUUAUGAAAACCAAGACUGUCUCCCUGCAGGAGCUUCAGCAGGACUUUGAGAAUGGCUCCCCAACUGACCCCAACAACAACCAGACGCCUGCUAAUGGCGCCAGCGUGUCCUACAUCACCUUCAGCCCCGACAGCUCCACACCUGCCAGUUGUGAGCCCCCAGCCACUGCUGAGCCCAGUGACAUCCUGGCCAGCGUCCCACCCUUUGUCACCUUCCACACCCUCAUCUUCGACAUGAGUGGGGUCAGCUUUGUGGACUUGAUGGGCAUCAAAGCCCUGGCCAAGCUGAGCUCUACCUAUGGGAGGAUCGGUGUGAAGGUCUUCUUGGUGAACAUUCAUGCCCAGGUAUACAAUGACAUUAACCAUGGUGGAGUCUUCGAAGAUGGAUGUCUAGAGCGCAACCACGUCUUUCCCAGCGUACACGAUGCAGUCCUGUUUGCCCAGGCAAAGGCCAGGGAAGUGGCCCCAGGAAGCAACUUCCAAGGGGCUCCAGUGGACCCUGAGCUCUCUUUGUAUGAUUCGGAGGAGGACAGUCCCAGCUGCUGGGACUUAGAGCAGGAGAUGUUUGGCAGCAUGUUUCAUGCAGAGACCCUGACCGCCCUGUGAGGGCCUGGCCGGUUCCCGUGCUGCCUGCAGAGCACCUGGCACCUGGGACUCCCAUGACGGAUGAGCCUGGGAUCAUGGAGAGUGGCGGGUAGAGGAGAACACCUCCACCAGGACUCCAGUACCUCUCCAUCCUCCUCCUCCUCUCUCAUUCCCCUCCCGGCCUCUCUAGAGCAAGCCAAUGUCGAUGGCAGGGAGAGACACCUUUUCACCCUUCUGUUGACCCUCAGGGCCCCAGCCAGCAAAUAGCAAACCUCCUGCUCACUCCACCGGCCCCACCCACACCCUGCCUGUGGCAGCUGACAGGACCCCCGGCUGCAGGACUUUAAGACUGAGCCAGGAACAGAGAGGAAGCCGUGUGCUGAUGGAGAGUGCAAGCUUCGAAAGUGUCCCGGCGCCAGCAUGGCCUGGUGUCAGAUGGUGUCGAGCUGUCACAGGACCCAGAGAUGAACUUGCUUUGGACUCUGUGGCUUGCCCUCUCCAGCUGCCCAGUCUGUCUCUGGCAGCCCUG